GGUAGAUCCGCUGCAGCCUUAUUCUCCAAUUGCAGCUCUUUCCGCCGAAGGGCGGACUCUACAACGUAAAGAAGAAAACAUUUCACUCCCCAUUUAUUAAUUAAUAAUCACAUUAAAUUACUCUUAAUAAGCCCUCGCUCUCUUCCAAAUUCUCACUCUCUUCAUUUCUCUCUCUGUCUCUCUCUAACUUGCCGAAAACACGAGUGAUGGCUUGCUCCAGUUUUGUGAAAUUGAACGCCGCCGCCUCAUCGUGGAUCGGCGGCCACCAGUCCGUCAACUCGCGCUCAGGAUCGGCGCCGAGGUUCUCCAACCGCCGCCUUUCGGUCGUCCGCGCCGGAUCGUACACCGAUGAGCUCGUCAAAACAGCUAAAUCGAUUGCAUCACCAGGACAUGGUAUCCUUGCAAUAGACGAAUCAAACGCUACAUGCGGUAAGAGGUUGGCGUCCAUUGGACUUGACAACACCGAGACGAACAGGCAGGCCUACAGACAACUCCUUCUGACGACCCCUGGGUUGGGUGAUUAUAUUUCUGGUGCUAUUCUCUUUGAAGAGACACUUUACCAGUCGACCACAGAUGGAAAGAAGUUUGUGGACUGUUUACGUGAUGGGAAUAUUGUUCCUGGUAUUAAAGUUGAUAAGGGUUUGGUUCCGUUGCCAGGAUCAAACAACGAAUCUUGGUGCCAGGGAUUAGACGGACUGGCUUCCAGAUCUGCCGAAUACUAUAAGGAAGGAGCUCGCUUUGCUAAAUGGAGAACUGUUGUAAGCAUUCCUUGUGGUCCUUCUGCUUUAGCUGUUAAAGAAGCAGCUUGGGGUCUUGCUCGUUAUGCUGCCAUUUCACAGGAUAAUGGGCUCGUGCCUAUUGUGGAGCCUGAAAUUCUCCUCGAUGGAGACCACCCAAUCGAACGGACUCUUGAAGUGGCCGAGAAAGUGUGGGCCGAGGUUUUCUACUACCUAGCCGAGAACAAUGUUGUAUUCGAAGGGAUCCUGCUUAAACCAAGCAUGGUAACACCAGGAGCUGAACACAAGCAAAAGGCUUCUCCAGAAACCAUUGCCAACCACACUCUCACCAUGCUCAGAAGAAGAGUACCCCCUGCCGUCCCAGGAAUAAUGUUCUUGUCAGGAGGGCAAUCUGAAGUUGAGGCGACACUGAACCUCAACGCGAUGAACCAGAGCCCCAACCCGUGGCACGUGUCCUUCUCGUACGCACGGGCACUGCAGAACUCCGUGCUGAAGGCGUGGCAGGGUCGUCCAGAGAACGCAGAAGCUGCGCAGAAAGCACUCCUGGUGCGUGCGAAGGCCAACUCCUUGGCACAGCUCGGGAAGUACUCGGCCGAGGGAGAGAACGAGGAAGCUAAGAAGGGAAUGUUCGUGAAGGGCUACACUUACUAAGGCAGUUUUACGAGACCUUAUUCUCGUCUGGAGUGUGUCGACUAUAUCGACCACUUGUCGAUGAUGCUGAAAAGAAGCAAGAAAGAUCACACACAGUCUUGCAUAUAUUGUGGAAUCUUUGUCUUUCUGCGCUAGCUUCUUGUCGUUGCAAGGCUACACCGUUAUCUAUAUAUCGUUGAAUUCAACCGUGGACUGAAACUGAUUGUUCUUUUGUUGCUGAGUUUUGUAGAGCCAGCCAGCUACAGACGCUCUCAUACUUGUCACCUUUGGAACUACUCUAUGUUGUGUAAUAAAGCAUCAUUUGAUGCCGUAUUUUGAAAUUCCAUGUAUUAUUACCUUAGUAGUAUAUGAAUUUAUAUGAUGAUUUUCUCAAA